UUACUGUUUUCAUUUAGUUUUGAUCAAAUAAAUGCAGCUUUGGUGGGCACAAGAGACUUCUUUCGUAAACAUUAGAAAUCUUACCGACACUACAUCAUGUCCUAAUCAGAUGCGACGCGAUAAUACGACAAAAUAAAUGACUUUUCCACGUUUUUAUACAAACCAGUCGCGACUGUGACAAGUAUAAGUAAGUUUAUUGGUCACGUGACUCCUAUUUCUAUAGCUCCGCCCUCUCUUAAAUCUCAUUGGUUUGAAAUCCCGCGCAGCAUCUUCGAUUCCAGAUGAGAGAUGAAGUCGCUAUAAGCACGCAUCCCGUCGUGUCUUUUUAGGACGUGCUGUGAGAAAGGAGAAUUAAAAAGCCUUUGCUACUGCGUACAACAUUACUGAGCUGCACGUGCAUGUCUACCUGAGCUGAGGACCGUCAUCUCGACCUCAUUCACUGGGACUGUAGAGGAGAGCAGACUGCUGUCAUGAAAUCUCUGCAGCUCGUGUGUGUGUUUCUUCUGCCUCUGCAAACACUCGCGCUGCCGCUGCGCAACAGAUCGAGUUUUCCCAGCAAACCCGGGAAGCUUUCAGAAACACAGGGUGGUAUCGCCAUGGAAACCAUCACCAUUCCUUCAAUAGCUUCGAGUGCCGGGGCAAGAGAGCGCCGUGCGGUCUGGAGGGCCCUCCUACAUAAAGGACCCCCGUUGAAACAGACCAACACACCGGCCAAUCAAAACAGGGAACAUUUCCGGGAAUAUCGGCACGUCCUCAGAGGGUCACGCAGUUACCCACAGGGUCAGCUGAAGCGUGUGAGAUGCGUCCUCGGCACAUGCCAGGUACAAAACCUCAGCCACCGUCUCUACCAGCUGAACAAACAAAACGGACGGCAAGAUGCACCAAUCAAUCCCAGAAGUCCACAUAGUUAUGGAUAAGACUAGGACUGACCACACAGCAAAAACCUAUCCAAAAAUGUGACAACAGAAGACCACCGACACCAGCGGGCAACCAACUCAACAACUGGCGUAAUCAAUUUACAGGUGUCCUGUCAUGAGAAAUCAAAUUCUCUUGAUCGUUUGAAAUAAAAGAGUUCAAUGUGCUUACUGUAACUUUAA